UUUCACAAGUGAAUUAGUCGCAUAUUCACUUUACGCAACGUAACAUUUAAUUUUUUUUUGCAACGUUUGCAAAAAUUUUGUAAUAUGUAUUUGUACGAUCAACCUGGUAAAAUUGUGCUAUCAACUGUUGAAGAAUUCCAAGAGGCCUUCCAAUUAUUUGAUUCACGUGGUGAUGGCAAAAUUCAUGUUUCACAAAUUGGUGAUGCUUUACGUGCCCUUGGACAGAAUCCAACCGAGAGUGAAGUAAAAAAAUUCACGCAACAACAUAAACCUGACCAACGUGUGUCUUUUGAAGUGUUCUUACCAAUUUAUCAAGCCAUAUCAAAAUCACGUUCAGCUGAUACCGCCGAUGAUUUUAUUGAAGGUUUACGCCAUUUCGAUAAAGAUGGUAAUGGUUACAUAUCGUCCGCAGAACUCCGUCAUUUAUUAACAACAUUAGGUGAGAAAUUAACAGACGACGAAGUCGAACAAUUAUUACAAGGCCAAGAAGAUUCACAAGGCAAUGUUAAUUAUGAAGAAUUUGUUCGUCUUAUUAUGGCCGGUUAAUUUUUUAUAUUAAUAAUCUUUUUCUUUUCUAAAUAAAGUUAGAGAAUGACAUUUUUGUAAUUUAAUUUUGGGUUUUAAAAGUUAUUUAAUUCUUGCAUUUGAUUUUAAAAUAUUUCUAAAGUUUUUUUGUUGUGCCUUAAAAAGAUGUUUCCAUUCCAAUUUUUUGUAUUUUAUAAUAAUUUA